UCCAUAGGCAAACGUUUGGCUGUUUUUUUCGCAAUCUACUGUGUGAGCUUGUCCAAGGGGUGAAGAACAUCAAAUCACAGAUAUCUAGUGAUGUGCAACAUAAUGUUGACAUCAUGUUAAAGUGGAAUGCAGCAAUCAAAAUACUGCACAUGCUUACUAAACUUAUCAAGAUAUUUAGUGCAAAACCAAACAUAUUAGCCAUGUUGAAGCAUGGGCAAAAAUUCAUCGAUGUUUUUCUUCGAAGUGGGAUGCCAGUUCUUGAUAAAGUUUUCAGACACAAGAAGGAAGAGGUGCUAAACCUGCUAAAAACUUUGCAGCACAGUACUCGGAUGUUGCACCACAUAUGCAGUCAUUCUAAGGCUGUUUGUGAUGUUUCAUUGAUUGCACAUGUUCCUGUUAUGAAGCGAUCAUUGGAAAGUUUUGUUUACCGUGUCAAAGCAAUGCUUACCCUACACAACUGCCAAGAUGCAUUCUGGAUUGGAAAUCUCAAAAAUAGGGAUCUGCAGGUAUGAUCAAAUGUAAUUUGUCAAGUAAUGAAAUCAAACAUAAUAAUAUGGUCAAGAAUAUAUAAAUAAAAUAAGAACAAUUUCAGAUAAUAAUCAUACUGUAAUGGUAACCCUGUGCAUCUAAAUCAAAGAUGGUUUGAUAAUAAAAUAACCUUGUAGAGAUGACAAAACAUAAAUAAUAUCAGACAUAAUAAUAUGGUCAAGGAUAUAUAAUAAAAUAAGAACAAUUUCAGAUAAUAAUCAUACUGUAAUUGUAACCCUGCCUGUUGAUGCUCUUCCCUGGCCCAUUCUAUUUCGAAUCCACCGCUAUGAAAAAAUGGGUGAGGCUGACAAAGAAAAAAAAUGGAAGUACACAGUUUAUGUUGGUGCGCUGAUGGUCUUAACAGAUUGGAACUGGCCCCCAGCUUUAAAAGGUAGAAUACCAGGGAUAUAAAUCAAAGAUGGUUUGAUAAUAACAACCUUUUAUAUAUAUCUCUUCACCCUGGAAUAUGACUGAGUUUUGGGGUAUACCCAAUAGGCCACAGACUGUAUGUAGAUCAGUAAAAGCCCAAUGUUGUGGUGUGUACUUCUUGAGAAUGUAUUAUUGUUAUUGAACAUUAGUUUCUCACAUUAACUUCACCAUAAAAUUUUCAGUCAAUGUUUUCUUCAAUGACCUACCAAAUUUGCCCAAUAAAAGUAAUCACUGCAAGCUUCACAAAAUUAUUCAAAUUUUUCUUUACAUGAUGAAAAGAGCCUUCUUUGCUAAACAAAAACCAAAAUCCUUCUACUGAAUGAGCUUGCAUUAAUAGAUUAAAACAGCAGCUGACAUGGAAAUGUAAUGU